GCCCCGUCACCAGGAAGGAAGUCUGAGAACAGCCAACAAGAUGGGUUACUGAGAGCACCUGCCGAGUGGCCCUGCAUCCAGACAUCAAGGGGUUUGGGGCCUUGUCAACAGAGAAGCUACCCCACCCAACCGCCCCGCCACCCCCAGCACUUGCAAGGUCCUGGGCGGCAAGCUUCGUGAGACAUGGGGUUCGACGUGACCCGUUUCCAGGGGGAUGUGGAUAAAGACCUCAUCUGUCCUCUUUGCCACGGGGUCCUGGAGGAGCCGGUGCAGACAUCGCACUGUGAGCAUGCCUUCUGCAACGCCUGCAUCGCUCAGUGGUUCUCCCAGCAGCAGACGUGCCCGGUGGACUGCAGCGCGGUGACCGCCGCCCAGCUGCGCCCGGUGCCCCGCAUCAUGCGCAACAUGUUAUCCAAGCUGCAGAUCGCCUGCGACUACGCGGGGGCGGGCUGCAGCGCGGUGGUCCGGCUGGACGGCCUCCGCUCCCACCUGAGCGACUGCCAGCACAGCCCCCAGCGCCCGGUGCCCUGCGAGCGGGGCUGCGGCCUGGAGAUGCCCAGGGACCAGCUGCCCGGCCACAGCUGCGCGCGGCACCUGCGCACGGUGGUGGAGCAGCAGCAGGUGCGCCUGGGCGAGCUGGAGAAGGCCUGGGCCGAGCACGGGCAGCAGUUGGCCGAGCAGAAGCGGGCGGUGCAGACGCUGCAGGCACACCUGCGGGCCCUGCACAGCGCCAGCCCCGGCCUGCAGAGCCUGCAGGCUGCCAUGGAGCACAGCGAAGUGCUGGAGUGGCUGGGCUCCCUGCAGCCCGCCAGGGUGACCCGCUGGGGGGGCAUGAUCUCCACCCCGGACGAGGCCCUCCAGGGCGUGCUGAAGCGGUCCCUGCUGGAUAGCGGCUGCCCAGAUUCCAUUGUCCACAAGCUCAUCGAAAAUGCCCACGAGCGCAGCUGGCCCCAGGGCCUAGCCACGCUAGAGACCCGACAGCUGAACCGGCGCUACUACGAGAACUAUGUGGCCAAGUGCAUCCCCGGCAAGCAGGCAGUGGUGGUCAUGGCCUGUGAGAACCAGCACAUGGGCGAGGACAUGGUGCAGGAGCCCGGGCUCGUCAUGAUAUUUGCUCAUGGUGUGGAAGAGAUGUGAGGCCAGCCAUCCAUCUAGACAGGCUUCCAGGAAGACAGGAGACCCAGAAAAAUCCCAUCACUCUAGCAGCGGGGGCCCUGAGUCCCACCCUUGAUGGAAAGCUACCCCCCUACCUUAAUAACUGGCUUACCUGUA